AACAACACUUAGUUCACAAACUGAGGAGUGCGGCGUCAACCUGCGUUCGUACAGUGAUUGUUGUGCAUUUGUUGGUGAGAGUCUUCCCAAGUCAGCCGCUGUGAUUGUGGAGUGACCCGGAGAGAGGAGCAUCAACCGCGGCGGCGCACGUCACGUGACCACCUUGUCUGCUGCUGGCUGAGUGAAGCGUGUAAGCAGAUUUUUCUAUUUUGUACAUACAGAGUUUUGUAUAUACUGUAUAUGAUGAGCUCACUGGGCGGCGACAAGGCCCGGGGCCCUCGGGAAAAAACGCUGCCCGCUGCCACACACACCUCACAACCACAGAAACAGAUACAGGCUACUGCAGAGCAGAUCCGGCUCGCCCAGAUGAUCUAUGACAAGAAUGAUGCUGACUUUGAGGACAAAGUCAACCAGCUGAUGGAGGUGACGGGGAAGAACCAAGAUGAGUGCAUGGUAGCACUCCAUGACUGCAAUGAGGACGUCAACAGAGCCAUUAACUUCCUCCUGGAAAGCACCUCUGACACGACCUCAUGGGAGACAGUAGGGAAGAAGAAGCCCCUGGUGAAGGAGGUACCAUCAGAGAGCAAGGAGAACAAGGAGAACAGGGAGAAGAAAGGAGAGAGAGAGGGUAGCAAGAACCGCGGGGCCGCCAAUCGCAGGGGCAAGGGGGCCAGUCGCAGCCGACAGGUGCGUCCAGAGGAGAAUGGUGUGGAGGUGACACCAGUGGACAGAGGCUCAGAACGAGGUCGGAGGGGCAGAGGUGGCCGGGGAUCUGGAGGCCGAGGUAGAGGCAGAGCACCAGCAGGAAGCAGGUUCUCAGCCCAGGGAAUGGGGACCUUUAACCCAGCGGACUACACCACAGACACAGGGACAGGGACCACACAAACGGAGGUCUGGGAAAUGGGGCCAAACAACAGCACAGAUGGGACAGUUGCCUGGAGGAAUACCUUGGAAGAUUGGGCAGCUGAGGACUGGAGUGAAGAUGUCAGUCUCUCAGAGACCAAAGUGUUCACCUCCUCAUGUGCACCUGCUGCUGAGAACCACAUCACUCCUGGGCAAAGUCUGGACCUGGCAUCUCUGCUGCAGAAGCCUGUGGUUGGAGGAAGAGAGGCACCCUCCUCUUCCUCCCAGAGUCUGGUCUUCACCAACUCCCACCACCACCAGUCACAGCAGCAACAACAGCCGCCUCCAAGCCGCAACGGCACCAGCAGCACAAGCUAUGCACACGCUGCUCUGUCGUCAGUGCUUGGAGCUGGUUUUGGGGACUUGGGCCAGUCCAAGAGAAGUCAGCCCAGUGCUGGAGCUCAGAUCCUGGAACAGCUGAAGGGUCCUGGCCUCGGCCCACUGCCCUCAUCGCAGGCUGCCCCUCCUGCUAGCACCCAGGGGGGCAACUCCUCCAUUGGCCGACUGCCGGCCCUGGUAGCCCCCGUACCGCCACCCUCCUCCUCCAGCUGGGACAUGAAGGCUUCGGAAUCCAGCGCCUCCUCACUUUCAUCACAGUUCAGCCGUGAGUUUGGCCUGCAGCCGGAGCCUUCUCUGGUGCUGAGCCAGCUGGUUCAGAGGCAUACUGGCCCCUCCUUGCCUCUGGCACGCCAACCCAGUCCCCCGACACAACAGCCGCAACAGCAAGCGCCCCCUACUUCAGCCUCGCCUGCCCUUCAGGCCAGCACGCCGGCCCAGGGAGGCCCACUGAUGGCGGCUGGCAGUGCCAAGCCUUCUGCCCCCAGCGCAGGGCUGGACCCUCAGGGCAGCAGUACACCACAGCAGCAACGGGCACAGCUCAAGGGCCAGAAACGAAGGAUACCUCCCACAUCUAAGAUUCCCUCCACAGCAGUGGAGAUGCCAGGCUCGGCUGAUGUCCCUGGUCUAAACCUCCAAUUUGGAGCAUUAGACUUUGGUUCGGAGUCAGCAUUGCCUGACUUUGGUGUUGUGGACAACUGUGUUAGCGGGCCGUCCAGGGAGCCCACGCCGGCCCCCGCCCCAGCACCACCUGCACCGGGACCAGGAGCGCAGAGCCAGACCAGCCUGUACUCCAAACCGCUCAGUGAGUCACUGGGCAGCCCUCUCUCCGUCCCCUUGCCUAUGCCCCUCUCUUCAUCGGAGCCGGUCUACCCAACUCCCUCGGUGGCAAUACCUAGCCUUACCCCCUCUUCACUGGGAACUGCCAGCUCCACCAAUCCUCCCGCCGCGUCUUUGACCACCUCUACCACCUCCUCCUCUGUCCCUUCCUCCACCUCACCCUUCUCCACAGUCGGGGGAAGUUACGACGGGACCAUGCCCCCCCACUCACGGCUGGCCUUCUCCCAGAGCAAAGAGGCCUCUGGGCCAGUUAUGAAUGGUCUGAAUGGUGUGAGGACCUCUGCUGCUUUAGACACUUCAUCAGCGUCCUCCACACCGAAGCCAGAGUCACCGUCUCUGAGCAUCAGCACCAACAGUGCCCCAGCGCCCUCGUCCCACUUGCCCUCCUCCCUGCCUACACACAGCUCUAACACGCUAUCCAACCUGGCACAGGAUCUGCCCUCUGCCAGCCAGCUCAGCACGCUCAACAGCCAUGCCAGCAGUCAUUCCUCAGUCUCAGCUCUGGGCUCCAGCUCCCUCACUUACACCAGUGUGGACAGCAGCAGUGUGAGCUCCCUGGCUCCCUCCUCUGGCUCUUAUACAUCAUCACAGGCCUCGGCCCCAUUGCUCCACUCGACCCACAACAACAGCAACAGUAGCAGUAGCAUCAGCCACCUAGCCAACAUGGGCAGCAGUAUGAGCAGCACAGGCAGCGGUAUUGCUGGCACAAGUGGACUACAUUCUGCUGCUGCCGCCACCAGCACAGCACUGGGACUUGGCUCCAAUGGAGCUACUGCCACCUCCAACCUCUCAGCACCCAGGACCACGCCGCUGCUCUCGUCCUCCACUGGUAAAGCUCCUCCUAACCUUUCCCAGGGUGUGCCUCCUCUACUGCCCAACCAAUAUAUCAUGGGCCCAGGGGGGCUGCUGCCAGCAUACCCACAGAUCUAUGGCUACGAGGACCUGCACAUGCUACAGUCCAGAUUGCCAAUGCCCUCUUUACAGGAUUACUAUGGAAUUACAUUCCCUGGCCCUACAGCUACUCUCUCUGGCAGAGACGGGAGCCUAGCCAACAAUCCCUACUCAGGUGAAGUCACAAAGUUUGGCAGGAAUGACUCCACCUCCCCUGCGCCCCCUACCAGCCUGUCUACACCCCAGCCACCACAGGGCCAGAGCCAAGGACAGAGCCAAGCCCAGCCUCAGCCACCCCAGGCUCAGCCCCAGCCCCAAGGCCAGCCGCAGCACCACAGCAGUCAGCAGGCCUUUCUGCCUCCAGGCUACAGCUACACAGGCCUGCCCUACUACCCCGGGGUGCCUGGUGCUGUGCCCAGUGCCGCUGCCUUCCAGUACGGCCCCACCAUGUUUGUACCCCCAGGGGGCCCGGGACCAGCCUCAGCCAAGCAGCACAGCAUGGGCCUUGGCCUCGGAAACCCAUCAGCUAGCCCCUUCCAGCAGCAGACCCAGCAGCAGCCCAGCGGUUACGGCCAACACACCUUCAGCUCAGGGUAUGAGGAGCUGACAGCGGGGCCAGCAGGAGUGGACUACAGUAAAGGCUAUAACAACUCCUCACAGGCACAGGCCAAAUCUGCUGGGACUGGGCCUGGGAAAGGCGUCUCAGUGACGUCCAGUAACUCGGGUGUGCCAGACAUUAGUGGAAGUGUUUACAAUAAGACCCAGUCCUUUGAUAAGCAGGGUUUCCAUGCGGGGACCCCCCCUCCCUUCAGCCUGCCGUCAGCGCUGGGGGGUCCAGGGCCUCUCAAUCCUGGAGGAGCGCCAGGGGGUUAUGCACCAGCCCCCUUCCUCCACAUCCUGCCUCACCAGCAACCACACUCGCAGCUGCUGCACCACCAUCUAGCUCAGGAUGGACAGGGUGGUCCUAGCCAGCGUGGCCAGUCCAACAGCAUGCAGCAGAAGAGCCAGGUCAACAAGUCCAGCUACGGCAGCUCUCCCUACUGGGCCAACUGAGAUGGCUAGGUUCACGUUAACAUGCGUGUGCAUGGACAGACGUCAACACACAGCACCACACCUGCCCAUCUGACUGAACAGAUCAUAGAGGGACAAACCAUUUACAGCACCAAGCUAAAACACACACACACACACAUGCAAACACACACACAUACACUCAUACACACUACCACCCCGUUCCCUUUGCUCUAUAUAUCCCCUUUUCAAAUUUAUGGCUGUUGUAUGUAAAAUAUAUUUAUGUAUGUAUUUAUACAGUAUAUAUGUAUUCGUAGGACAUGAAAUGUGGUUUUCUGCAUUUGUUUUUUAUUUUGAAGGACAUUUUAUUUCAAAAAAUGUGGAAAGAUGAGAAUGCUAAAUCAUGGAGAAUUAAUGAAGUUGAUGGUGAAUAUACUUGAACACAAACAAACAUCAUGUGACGUGGGUUUUUUUUUUUUUGUAUGCAUACAUGAACCCUGAGAAUGAUGUAUAUAAAUAUUACACAUCAUUUUCAUGGCAAAGGCCUUUUUUUAUUUUAGGAGAAAAAGAGUUUUUGUAACUUUGGUCUCCCCCAUCUGUGAAUCCUUAUAUUGAGGGUGACUUGAGUUGAUAGCUUGACUUUCUUUUUGCCCUGUUUCCCUCUAUCUGUGUCUCCUACCUUACUAGUUGGUUGGUACUACCAGCCAGGCCUUGGAUUUGAUGUCAUUUUAACAUUGGUUUAAUCCUUGUUGUCCAACAAAUUAAAAGUUCUCAACAGUUUGCAUGAGUCUGCUAUUAUCUUUCACAGUUCACAUAGGCACGUGAAAAGUAUUCAGAUAAACAAUUUAUAUGUUGUACAAAUUCCAUACAUUUAUAUUAUAUAAAUUGUGGAUCAGACAAAAAACCCUUCACAGUAAUAAACAGAUUUACAAAAUUCUGAAUUAAGUUAAGCUUAGCUAUAGCUUGCACUCACUCAGUUGGCAUUUGGUGCAACUUGCUGAAUGAGUACUUGUUAUUCAUUCAGUCCAGCUGAAUAUGACAACUUAAAUAUUUCUCUUUGCCUUAAGUCUUCCUGUUCAUGCCAAAGUGAUGAACUGAUGUAGGCCUGACCGGUAAUACAAAUGCAUUAUGGUGUCACAUGGUGACCUCUGGCUUUAAUCUCUGAAAGAACUGUACUUUGCCCCAGAUGCAACAGGUAAAAAAAUAUCAGGUGAAUAAAAAUAUAGUAGUU